GGGGAGGAAAAUGUUGCAAUUAUUUCGCAGCGUCGUUGCUGUCAAUCAAAGGGAGCCCGGGCGCCUGUGUGUGAAGAAGCUACAUGGCGGCGGCGGUUGCGUGAGAUUCACUGCACUUCCAGUACACCUAAUGCAACUUUUCACCAACUUCCACCACUGCAAGCCAGACUGCGCCUCCUCUCUGUGCAAAAAAAAAACUCCCAGGCAGGAGUCACCCCAGACCUGGGAUUGCACAGACACCCCAGCACCCCCAAGUGUUUAUAUAUUUUUCUAAAUCACCCUUAUUUUUUUUUUCUCCUCUGUGGCUCUGUGUGUUUGUGAUUUUUUUUUUCCUCUCUUUUUCCGGCAAGCUGGUGUCGUUGUUUUUGAGCUUUGCAGUCAUGGCGCACCUCCAUUUUUGAGCGACUUUUGUGCGCUUUUCCUUUCCACCCCAGUGUAUGGUUUUUUUUAAAAAGCCGGGAUCAAAAAGGAAAAGAAGCGAGACAUGAUUUUUUCCAACUCUUCGACUUUUUGGAGGCUUUGAGAAAAAGAAAGGAAUCGGUUUCGAUUUGGCUAAGUUUUUAGUCGACGGUGCGGGGACUAGCUUGCGCCCAGCUCUACAUGGAACAGAGCUUGUCGGAGUGCGACAAUGGUAUCGAGUGCUUAAACAAUGUGGCUGCUGCGUCAGGGUUUUGCAAGUCGAGCAGCGGGCAGCUGCUGAAUCCGGCGGACUUGCUCGCUCGCCGCGAGUUUGACAGGGCUCCACGGCGCUCCAUCGCUACCCAUCCACGUGUAGCCCAGGACAAAACCGAGCCCCCAAACUCCCCUGGCCCCAACACCAUGUCCAGCGAGGGCAAAGACCCAGAAGACGACGGAUCUGAGCACAGCAAUGCUUCCAGCAACCUGGCCUCUGAAGAAUCCAACCACUCUGCCUCCGGAUCAGAGUCGGGCAGUCAGUCUGAGAGCGAGCAGGGGAGCGAGUCCAACAACAGCAGCUCGGACUCGUCCGGGUCUCAGUCCCAAUCGGAAAGCGAGUCGGCCGGCUCCAAGUUGCAGCAGACUGCCAGCGAGAACAAGGACAAGCCGCUGAGCAAGAAGGAGAGGAUAGCUGAUGUGAAAAAGAUGUGGGAAGAAUACCCAGAUGUGUAUGGGGUUAGGAGGUCAAACCGCAGCAGACAGGAACCGGCUCGACUUAACGCUGGAGCAGAGCAGGAGAGCAGUGAAAAUUCUGAGAAUGAAACUCCGCGGCGACGAGGAAGGAGGAGAGCCACAAAUUGGAAAAAUGCCAAAUCGGAGAUUGAGGAGGAUGAGGAUGAGGAGCUGGAGGAGGACGGUGAUGAGGAGGAGGAGGAGGAGGAUGAUGAUGAUGAGGCCGGCAGUGCAGACAGCGAGCCCGUGAGGAGCGUGCGGGCACGGCGCCCAGUCACCAGAAGACCCAUGGCCAAGACCCGGGGGAAAAGGCAGGCGGCACGGCGGGGAAAGAAGAGGAGGAGGGAUUCGUCCGACGAGGAUGACGAUGAUGAUGACACUCCCAAGCGACAGACACGCAAGUGUGUGAUCAAAAACGUGAGUUAUAAAGAAGAUGAUGAUUUUGAGACUGAUUCAGAUGAUCUCAUCGAAGUUACAGGAGAGCCGGCCCUGGAGGAGAACGACGACAGUGAAACCAUCGAGAAAGUGAUUGACUCCCGCCGUGGGAAAAAAGGAGCCAUCGGUGCCCGAACCACGGUGUAUGCGGUGGAGGCAGAUGGAAAUCCAGGAGCGGACUUUGAUCCGGAGAAAGAUGAGUCGGAGGUGCAAUACCUGAUCAAGUGGAAGGGCUGGUCCUACAUCCACAACACGUGGGAGAGCGAGGAGUCGCUGAAGCAACAGAAAGUGAAGGGGCUGAAGAAGCUGGAGAACUUCAUCAAGAAGGAGGAGGAUAUAAACCAGUGGUUGUCCAAAGCAUCCCCAGAAGACGUUGAGUACUACAACUGUCAGCAGGAGAUGACUCACGAACUCAAUAAGCAAUACCGGAUCGUGGAGAGAGUAAUCGCUAUGAAGACAAGUAAAUCAUCAACCAGCCAUUCUGACAUCUCAUCGCUUUCCUGCCACAAAACCCCGCCGUCCGGCCAGCCCGACUACCUGUGCAAGUGGAUGGGGCUGCCCUACAUAGACUGCAGCUGGGAGGACGGAGCACUUAUUUCCAGAAAUUUCCAGGCCUGCAUCGAUGCCUUCCAUAACCGCCACAGUUCCAAAACUAUUCCCUCAAAAGACUGCAAGGUGUUGAAACAGAGGCCAAGGUUCGUCGCCUUGAAGACACAGCCUUCCUAUAUCGGUAGUGAGGGCUUGGAGUUGAGGGAUUACCAACUUGAGGGUGUGAAUUGGCUCGCUCAUUCCUGGUGCAAGUGCAACAGUGUGAUCCUGGCCGACGAAAUGGGCUUGGGCAAAACCAUCCAGACCAUCUCCUUCCUCUCCAACCUGUUCAACCAACUCACGCUGUAUGGCCCCUUCCUGCUGGUUGUCCCCCUGUCCACCCUGUCGUCCUGGCAGAGAGAGUUUGAGAUCUGGGAGCCCAGCAUGAACGUGGUGGUCUACAUCGGCGACGUGAUGAGCCGCAGCACGAUCAGAGAAUACGACUGGACACAUCCUCAGACAAAACGGCUGAAGUUUAACGUCCUGAUAACAACAUACGAGAUCUUGCUGAAGGACAAGAACGUGCUGGGGAAUAUAAACUGGGCGUUCCUGGGCGUUGAUGAAGCCCACCGGCUGAAGAACGACGACUCGCUGCUCUACCGCACGCUGAUCGACUUCCGCUCCAACCACCGCAUGCUGAUCACUGGCACGCCGCUGCAGAACUCGCUGAAGGAGCUCUGGUCACUCCUGCACUUCAUCAUGCCUGAAAAGUUUCAUUCCUGGGAGGACUUUGAAGAAGAGCACGGCAAAGGGCGGGAGAAUGGAUUCCAGAGCCUGCACCGGGUCCUGGAGCCCUUCCUGCUGCGGCGCGUGAAGAAAGACGUCGAGAAAUCCCUCCCUGCCAAAGUUGAACAGAUUCUACGGGUGGAGAUGUCAGCCUCACAGAAGCAGUAUUACAAGUGGAUAUUGACCAGGAACUACAGGGCCCUCACCAGGGGCUGCAGGGGGUCCUCCUCGAGCUUCCUGAACAUUAUGAUGGAGCUGAAGAAAUGCUGCAAUCACUGCUACCUGGUCAAGCCGUGCGAGGAUAACGAUAUGCUAACCAGCCUGGAGUUGUUGCACAACCUGAUCAAGAGCAGUGGCAAGCUGAUCCUGCUGGAUAAGUUGAUGAUCAGGCUCCGUGAGCGUGGAAACCGGGUACUCAUCUUCUCACAGAUGGUCCGCAUGUUGGAUAUCCUCGCCGAGUACAUGACCAUUAAACACUACCCCUUCCAGCGUUUAGAUGGCUCUAUAAAAGGGGAAUUAAGAAAACAAGCCUUGGAUCACUUCAACGCAGAAGCAUCUGAGGAUUUCUGCUUCCUGCUCUCCACAAGAGCAGGGGGGCUCGGGAUUAACUUGGCCUCCGCCGACACUGUCAUCAUCUUCGACUCUGACUGGAAUCCACAGAAUGAUUUGCAAGCACAGGCCCGUGCUCACAGGAUAGGCCAAAAGAAACAGGUGAAUAUUUACCGGCUGGUUACAAAAGGGACGGUGGAAGAAGACAUCAUUGAGCGAGCCAAGAAGAAGAUGGUCCUAGAUCACCUUGUUAUCCAAAGGAUGGACACGACGGGCAGGACAGUGUUGGACAGCUCAGCCCGCCCCUCACACUCAACACCGUUCAACAAGGAGGAGCUGUCGGCCAUCUUGAAGUUUGGAGCUGAGGAGCUGUUCAAGGAGGCGGAGGGCGAGGAAUCUGAGCCGCAGGAAAUGGACAUUGACGAGAUCCUGAGACUUGCCGAAACGAGAGAGAAUGAGCAAUCCGUGAGUCCGACAGACGAGCUGCUCUCCCAGUUCAAGGUGGCAAACUUCACCACCAUGGAGAACCAACCCGAGGUGGAUGAGAAGCAAAUCAAGGAAUGGGAUGACAUCAUCCCGGGGGAGCAGCGGAAAAAGAUUGAAGAAGAGGCUCGGCAGAAGGAGCUGGAGGACAUCUACAUGCUCCCCAGAAGCAGGAGUUCAACCAAGAAGGCUCGGGCCAACGGCAGUGAUUCUGACGCCGGGUCGCGGAGGCGGCGGCAGCGGUCUUCGGGGUCGGAGAGCGAAACGGAGGAGAGCGACGACGGGGAGAAGCGGCCCAAGCGAAGAGGCCGCCCUCGGACGGUGCGCAGGGACAUGGUUGACGGCUUCACCGACGCUGAGAUCAGGAGGUUUAUCAAAAGUUACAAGAAGUUUGGUGCUCCUCUAGAACGGCUCGAGGGUAUAGCACGCGAUGCUGAGCUCGUGGACAAGUCCAUCGCGGACCUACAACGACUGGGCGAACUCAUACACAACGGCUGUGUGAUGGCUGUCAAAGAGUUUGAGGAACAGCUGAAGGAAAACCCAGGCCUGGAGGGGAAGGGGCCGGGGAAAAAGAGGGGUCCAACCAUCAAGGUUUCGGGAGUCCAGGUCAACGUUCGGUCAAUUCUCAUUCACGAGGACGAAUUUGAGGCUCUGCAUAAAACCAUUCCUCUCGACCCUGAGGAAAGGAAGAAGUUCCGCUUGAGCUGCCACGCCAAGGCAGUGCAUUUCGACACAGAUUGGGGUGUGGAGGAGGAUUCCAAUUUGCUGAUAGGGAUCUAUGAGUGUGGUUAUAGCAACUGGGAGCAGAUAAAAAUGGACCCAGAACUACAGCUUACCAAUAAGAUUCUCCCUGUUAAUCCAGAUCACAAGCCACAGGCCAAGCACCUGCAGUCACGGGCCGAUUACCUGAUCAGGCUGCUGAAGAAAGACAUGAUCAAGAAGGCCGGAAUUAAACAGGAGAAGGAGUCCAAACCAAAGAAGCGGAAGCCCAGAGUGAAGAAGGAGAACAAGGCACCCAAGCUGAAGGAUGAGUGUGGCAACGAUAUCUCCUCGCCCCGGCUCUCUGACAAUGCUUCGGAAGAGGAUGGUGAGCUGAAGGACGGCAGUUUGGAACGAACGCCCAUGAAGAAGAAGCUGAAGAAGAAAGACAACAAGGAGAACAAGGAGAAGGGAGAUGUUAAGAAGGACAAGGAUGGGCAGAAGGGGAAAAAGAAGGCCAAGGCCAAGAAGGACAAGCUGAAAGCGGACGCGAAGGACAAGUUGCGCAAGUCUGUUGCCAAGGGCCCGGUGCACAUUACGGCUGGCAACGACCCCGUACCUAUCGGGGAGGAGGGAGAGGAUGAGUUGGACCAGGAGACAUUCAGCAUCUGCAAGGAGAGGAUGCGGCCGGUGAAGAAGGCUCUGAAGCAGCUGGACAAGCCGGAGGAGGGGCUGUCGGAGAAGGAACAGCUGCAGCACACGCGCAGCUGCCUGCUGAAGAUCGGCGACCGCAUCACCGACUGCUUGAAGGCCUACAGUGACUCCGAGCACGUCAAGAUCUGGAGAAGAAAUCUCUGGAUUUUUGUCUCCAAGUUCACCGAGUUUGACGCCCGGAAGCUACACAAGCUGUACAAGUUGGCACAGAAACGGCGAUCCCAGGAAGAGGAGGAGCAGAAGAAGAAGGGGAAUAAUUCGGAGAGCAGGCGUCAGUUCAAGCCGGAGCCAUCGGGGUCGAGUCGGGACUCCAUGAACUCUCAGUCACACAUGCAGCAUGGACCUCACGGCCCGCACCUGCUGCCACCCCACCACCAACACCCGCAUCACCGAGACCCCUACCCCCAGCACAACAAGCGCCCCUUCAACAACGCAGAUCGAGACGAUCGCCAGAGGGAGCGGAUGUACAACUACAACAGCCAGCACUGGCCCUCCGAGCGGCACCACCCCUACGACCAGCACCGAUACAAGGACCACCACUUUGACGACCGGCGGCCACACGGAGAUCCCCACCGGAAUUCCGGCAAUUACCGGCCUAACAACCUGCACCGCAAGCGGCCGUAUAACCAGUACGACGACGAGCGCGACCAUCGAGGUCACCGCGACUAUUACGACAGGCGCCACCAGGACAUGAAACGUCGCCGGUCUGAUGAGUUUCGACCUCAGGACCACCACAACCUCGGGCACCAACAAGACUUCCGCCGCUUGCCCGAUCACAGAGGUCCCGGAGCCUACCACAGCCAAGGGCCUUCUGAACACUACCGACCCUUUCACAUGGAGAAGCCCAUGGAGCACAAGACCCUCUCCUCAGAACACCGCUCGCCCCUCUCCCAGAAAUCGCCGCACGAUUCGAGGUCGCCGCACGAUCACAGGUCCCCACUCGACCGCUCGCUGGACACUCCCGACUACAACUGGAACGCGAGGAAAACGUAGAGCCCCGCCUGGCCCCAGGGGGAAACAAGGAAACUGCUCCACUCUUCCGUCAAUCAUGCUGAAGUGGAACCCUCACGUGUAUCCCUUUUCUCACAAGACACACCCACAUGUACACACUUGCAAAUACACACACACACACACACAUACACAUGUACACACACCCACAUGCACACACUCGCAAAUACACACACACACGCAUAAACACAUACACAUG